GUAUUAGAACACGUGCAUCGGUGCUGCGCGCGCGUCUUUUUUUCCAGCAGGUUGUUGAAUGCAGUGUCCGCCUCGUUGACCGAUGAGUGACACCGUUGGAUGUGCGACGAGUCGCCACUGCCCCAGGUCUAGUGUUCGUGAUGGGCACAGCGUGAAAUUCGGUCUGCCGAUCCUAUCUUGUGAGAUCAGGAUUAUCGUUCCGGAUAAUCUCGUUCCGGAUAGGUCUCCUUUGGGCUACCUUGUCUUCACCAUAUUCUACAAGCGUCUGCGAGCUUGCCCGUGAGACCUUUUCUCAAAUAUCGUUUCUUGUCUUUUCAUUGCCACGCUGCGUUCAGCAAGAACUCCUUCUUGGAGUCGUACUUAACUCAGGAACGUAUUCUGAAAUAAUGAUUUCAAUUUAAAGACGAUUCCGCCUUUUGAAAAACCCCACGGCGUUCUCGAUCGCAGGUCUAUCCCGAUGGAAGGUAGACACUAGAGCCGAAAGUAGCUUCAUUCUUAGGCACUUUGCAUUUUUUGCCCGUGUCUUUUCCUUGACUCAUCGUGACAGUUAAGUACACGGUGUAAAACAUACGUGUUUCUCCUUGAACUGCUUAUAGUUCUUUCAAGACGGCUGCCUUAUUCUGCACGGCAUAGUCGUCGCAGACGUCUCAAGGACACCUACAACCGUUUCAUCCGAAGCGCGCGUUCAAAACCAUGAAUUAAGCCCGUAUUUUCGCCUCCCCUGUAGCUAUUACGCUGACAGAUCGCAAGGCGGCUGGUGGUGAUUGGUUUACGAACGUGACGUCAUCCUAUAUGGUCCACCGCCGUUCUCCGGAUGAGGACAUUCAACAAGUGGUUGUCCGGCGACAUGUUCGAGCUCUGCGCAGCGAAGUUGGAGUGCUUUCGGUUAACGGUUCGUGAAGUUUGGUGAAGUGUUGUGAGGGGCAGCACAUGUGGGAUUACGUGGGAUAACGAAAAAGGUCAUUCAACGGUCUUCUGUUUGUAGCUGAUUUCAAUCUUUCUUUCCUUCGGAAACGAGUCGAAAUUGUGCUUUCUCUUCGACGAAUUCUCGACAUCGAAAAAGGAAGCGUUUGUGAAAACGUAUUUCCCAUCGGAUUUCCGUUUUAAAAGAGACAUCGGUCAUAGGAAACUGGUUUGAACGUCACCUGUCAACGGAGGUCUGUCUUCUGUUUGUGCAACUGCAGUGCGAGCUCCGUGCAGACUGUCGCGUUGCAUGUGAUGUGAGCAGAUGCUUUGGAGUUUUCUUCUUCGGUUGUGAUUAUCAUCGGCGUCAUGAUUUCGACAGUGAGCGCCGUCCAUGCACGACCGCUUCGCCUCCGAAGACCAGGUGUCUCUGGCAUCGCACCGCCGAAGACAGCAACCAACACAUCCAGGGCUGGAUCUCCCCACACAGGAUCCUUCAUCCCACAGCCCAAGUCGUCGGUUGUCACGCGGGACAGGAAUACGUCAGAUCGAUCUAGGCCUUCGUCAACAGCAUCGUCGUCAUCCGUGUCUCACCUUCCGGCGAAAGGAUCCAUCGUUGGUACAACGCAGUCGAGCUCGCGACAGAACGGACACGCAGGGAAAGCACCACUGACAAACGGAGGAGGAAGCGCGUGCAUCAACAACAAUAACUCUAUGCUUGACAAGUUCAAGCUCUUCAACUCCAAGGACAAAAACGCAACAAACGACAAAAACCGAGCGUCUACUGUCUCGAAGCGACCCAGCAGCAGCAGCGGGUUCAGUUCUGCACGAAGCGAAAGGAGCGACUCUUCGGUCAGCCUAUGCGGCGACACCAUCUCGACAAGCACGCCGACAGAGGCGGGACAUGGCACCUCCAAGGCCUCAGCAGGACACUGCAACGGAACGGCCAAUGGGUCCGCCACUUCUUCAUCGUCCAGCCCUAAGGUGGCCGUGAAGAACUUCGCCAAGAAGACCUUCGGCAGAGCGACCGGCAAACAUCCCACUUCGAAGGCGUCCUCCGCCUCAAGGGAACACCUAGAUGCUCCAGACCACAACAAGUCCGGACUACCACGGUCAUCCCCGUCCGCAGACACAUUGAGUGGCCUUGCAAAGCGAUCGCCACCGCAAUCCGGAAUCCAGAGGCCAUCUAGCACAGGACACGAACUAAACGGACAUAUUCCUAGCGGUCAAGUCGUACAGAAAGCACAGUCACCCGCAAAUAUCUCUCCGCCUAGCAAAGACGACGACAACGUGGACAUGAACAGUUCAAUGCAAGGCCCCGGUAGUGGGAUACCAAAACCAACGGCAGCUGUGAAAGGAACGUCUAAACCGUCCAAGGAAGAACGGAACUCGGCUUCGAGCCCUCCGCCGCAUCUAGAAAAGGAAAACCUAGACAUAAAUCAGUCGACAGAUGCUGUCCUAGCAAAAUCGUCGUCUGCUAAAGAAUUGGGCUUAGAAGGAGGCACAAAGACUUCGACGUUGCCCAAGAACGAACGCACCAAAAAGGUGCAACAAAACAAUCCCAGCAUCGCCAUGGUAUCGCCAAUCAUGAGUAGCCAGCAUGGCAAAGAGCUCACCAAUGAAGAACUGGUGGAAGCGUCUGUAUCCACCAAUCAAAGUAAGGAGGCAGCAACCUUAGUUGGUGCCGUCGAUACUACCGUGAAGUCCGUGCCAGCAGAAGCCAAGACAAUCACCAAGUCGAACAUUCCGGAAGGCGACGAAGCUGAAGAUUCAGUGUCUAGUGUGCCUCCGAUGCAGCCUCUAAACCGAGUGUCUCCUUAUUACUCCCGUGUUGCGAGCCGGAUCCACGCGGGCCAGUUACCAGUGGGCCGGAUGCCGGCGUGUCUGCGGCUCCAGACGGAUGUGCAGCGCGUGGCCAAGCACUUGAUGGCGGCUUCGCAGGACAUGGCCCGCCUGUACGGCGUCCAGAGAGUAGGCAGGCCGGACUAUGUCGAAGCAGGAUACGUGAGUGACGGUGACAUCCUGCGGGCCGGAUUUCCGUCCCGCGAGGAUCCGAGCAGUGGAUACGUGAGUGAAGGUGGCGCGUCGCUCUACGCGCGGAGGGCAGCCGCUGCAGCUAGGUGCAGGGAUCCCAAGCUGAUCAACGUGCUCCAGGAUGACAGUGAUCCUUCAUCUGGAACGUCCACAUUAGUUCCCAGCCACCGCAUCGGCUUCGACGACAGCAGCUCAAUCAGUAGUGGUAUCAGCGACACCUUCGCCGAACUGAGCACCAACGACAACCUCACCGAUUCUUCCCUUAGUUCUGAUCCCUACGGCUGCCUAAAGCGCCAUCACCCGGGAGCCCCUCUGUCCCACACGUCCAACAAGCCCGCCACCGCACGUAAGCCGGACCAAGCAUCUACUUCAGGUCUUACUUCUUCCCCGCUACCCACCUCGAGCCGGUCCCGGAACGCAAACGUGAAGAAAACUGAUUCUUCCAUGCAAACGGAGUCCAGUGCUCUCCAGCAGGGCGUCUCUGCAAGUUGGAAAAAAUACUUUCAAGAACAGCAGCAACUAAAGACUAACUCCUCCGAAUCCUUGAAAUCUAAGGACUCGAAACGUCCUUUUUCCAAAAAGAGCGCCCCUCCUCAAGACAGCAACAAGCACGACGGCCACAAGAAGUCGUCCUCAAAAUCGGGAUCGUCCUUGAAAUCAAGCGACGACUCUAAGUUGAGGGGCUACGUCGAGUGCGACGGUGGAAGUGGAAGGUCUAGUCCUGGCAAAGACGGCUCAGGCAUGUCCCGCAAGUCCAGUAGUCGCCCGGCUAACCCUGCAUGCGUCGUUGCGAAGCGACCCUCCAGUUCAGCGUCCAAUUCCAGUGGGAAGACCUCAAAAUCAAAGCGGGACGCAAGCGAGUAUGAACACCACGGCACGCCGACUUCUAGUCUGACGCGAUCUGGCGAAUUGCCACGUACGUCCAAGUCGUCGUUGGAACGGAAGUCAAAGGUGUCUGGAAGUACGCAAACGGGGACCCACGAGGCUUUCCUGUCAGUUCAUUCCGACUCCGAAUACAGUUCCUUAGGCAGGGCGGCAGGCAAGCAUGCAAAACAGUACCUCACAGCAGGUGCGAUGGGCGCGGCGGGACUCGGAAGUGUCCGGGAGCGUAUUUAUGGCACACGGUCACUUCUGAACGGGUCACCGCCGUCGUAUGUUAGCAACGCGGACUACGUUAUGUUGUCCGGGUUUCACCACGGUUCUGCAAGGGACAGGCCGAGAUUGUCGGUGCCUUCAUCGAAAGGUGGAUCUGAGAGCGACAAUUACGUUAUGAUAGAUCAUGGUGAAGUGUCCAGUCCGUACGCAUGGCUGAGGCAUAGUCCAACGCCGGGAUCCAUGACUUCGGCGCCUCUUGGGAGGGCGUUCGGUGGAAUGGGAAUUGCAGAAGCCGAUAGUAUGGAGUCCCUGUCUUCGACGGCUUCCAGCGCGCAUGGACAGCACCACCCCCACAUGGUGCCAUCCUUCCUCCCAAAGACCCUGGCGUCCACUCUGACACCGUCGAGGCUGUUCCUCUACCAACGAGAGAUUUCCGGUACGGCCACCUGUCCUGGCCGUAUAUCCCGCUCCAGCUCCAUGAGGUCCACCCAGUCAGAGGGCCUCGAAGCCCGCUCCCUGAUGCAGCGAUCACACCACGAGACGUCCUCCUCGACUCCUGCGGAUCACCACCAUCCUUCUUGCCCUCCGUCACCCACACGGUCCAUGGGACAGGGUACAUCACGGUACCUUUACACGUCGUCCCCGUUACACAGUUCUCACGGACCGAGAAAUUCCAUGCCCAUGUCCCACUACAUGGGAGGACUGCUUUCCAAGAUGAACACCAAAGACGACGAAGCACACGGGUCAUCAGCAUCUUUAGUCUCGACCACGUCAUCGCUAUACUCAACGACGGAAGAGAAGCAAGCCCACGAGAUCCGAAAGCUCCGUAAAGAACUGGAACAAGCCCACGAAAAAGUUGCUACCUUGACGUCACAGCUCACCACCAAUGCACACAUGGUCGCAGCAUUUGAGCAGUCCCUAUCAAACAUGACAUCAAGGCUCCAGCAUUUGACUGCAACUGCUGAACAGAAGGACUCCGAGCUGUCUGAGCUGCGUGGAACCGUAGAAGCCCUGAAGAAACAGAGCGCCGAGGCGGGUCUCACCAAGAUGGCGCUGCAAUCGAUGGCUGCCGUCCAGCGAAGUAUGGGAAACAACAGCACUUGUCCCACCACCACCCCCACUGCUGCUAACCUUGUGCGGCGCCAUACCUUUAACACUCCCAAAGAUGCCGCUGCAGCGUUGCAGGAUCACAGGAUGUCGCGACAGUUGUCGGCGGAUUCUAUGUCCAGCGUUAAUUCGGCAUCUAGUGCUUGCAGCAACAGCUCGCUCAAGAAUGGCAGCUGCACUAAAAAGGAGAAGAAGAAGAAAGGAUGGCUACGGAGCUCCUUCAGCAAAGCCUUCUCGCGAAGCAAGAAGAACCGCAACGGCUCAGUUUCGGACGUCGAAGACCUUCGGGCGUUCCAGUCAGACUCAUCGGUGCCCAACUCGCCCUUACUGGGCAUUGGAGGAAAUCACGUUCAUUUGAAUGGGAUCACGUGUAACGGUGGGAUGAAGACGUCGCAUUCCUCUUCAGCUCUAAAUGAAACUGAAGAGGAUAAUCCGGAAGCAGUACGUGAUCUCAGGAAGCAACUACGAGAAAAGGACAUGGUGUUGACAGACAUCCGUCUCGAAGCCCUUUCUUCUGCUCACCAGCUGGACAGCCUCAAAGAAACGCUCGGUAAAAUGAGGAACGAAAUGAUGAACCUGAAGCAAGAUAACGACCGCUUGCAAAGGUUAGUGCACAGCAAGUCGCUGGGAUCUUCUCAGAGUUCGCUCCCGAGGAAAAGCAGCGUGGAAAGCAUCAACAGGAGACUCAGUGCAUCUGAAAGCACGACGUCUACAAACCUCGACAUCAUAGCAAUGGACGGCAACACCGAUGCAGACGGGAAACGAGUGUCGGUGAUGGCGUACCUAGGAGGCCAUGGAGAUAUUACCAAGUUCAUCUCCAAAGCUGAGGCACCGGGCGAAGUAUACCUUGGUUCUAUAUUGGUCAGUGGGAAAACAAAAUGGGACAACUUGGACCAUCUUGUUCGAAAGUGUUUUAAGGAGUAUGUGUCACGGGUGGACCCUUCCUCGAACUUGGGUCUCAACUCUGAGAGUGUGCUCUGCUACCACAUUGGCGAGGUUGUACGUUCCAAAGAAAUUGAACUUCCUGAGCUCCUACCUUGUGGCUAUCUUGUUGGUGAGACACUGAAGAUACAAGUUGUACUUAAAGGGACCAAACAAAAUGCAGUAGAUGGAAUGGCACUGGAGACGCUCAUCCCAAAAUCCAUUGUACAGAGGUAUAUUUCUCUGCUCUCGGAACAUCGUAGGAUAAUCCUGUGUGGACCUAGCGGUACGGGGAAAACAUUCCUUGGUCAGAAGCUCGCAGAAUACCUUGUGCUCAACUCUCCCAUGGUUUUAUCCAGGUCUGGGAAAGAUGUUGCAGCAGGAUCUAUUGCGACAUUCAGUGUUGACCACAAGUCUGCCAAAGAAUUGCGUCAGUACCUGUCCAACAUUGCGGAGCAGUGUGAAAGCAGCAAUGCUGGCGACCUUCCAACUGUGAUAAUUCUUGACAACCUGCACCACGUUGGAUCAUUGGGGGAGGUGUUCAAUGGAUUCCUUAGUGCCAAGUAUCAAAAGUGCCCAUAUAUUAUUGGCACUAUGAACCAAGCAACUUGCUCCACAACAAACUUGCAGCUUCAUCACAACUUCAGGUGGGUCUUGUGUGCCAACCACAUGGAACCAGUGAAAGGGUUCUUGGGACGCUACCUUCAAAGGCGGCUUAUCGAGGAAGAAGUCAGAUUAUCAGCGCAGCAGCCCAGCUUGGCGAAGGUUAUUAACUGGAUGCCUAAAGUCUGGCUUCAUCUCAACAAGUUCCUCGAGACACACAGCUCUUCAGAUGUCACAAUAGGCCCAAGACUUUUCCUAUCAUGCCCUAUGGACGUUCCAGGAUCGCAGGUCUGGUUCACUGAUCUCUGGAACUACAGCAUAGUUCCUUACCUACUUGAAGCUGUACGUGAGGGCCUCCAGUUAUACGGCCGUAGGGCACCCUGGGAAGACCCUGCCGAGUGGGUGCUGCAAACAUACCCGUGGUCUUCGUCGGGCGAUGGACCUCAACUGUUGCGACUGCGACCAGAGGACGUUGGCUAUGAUGCCAGUGCAGGUGCCAAGGCCCCUGCAGAGCAGUCAGAGGCUGAGGCUGACCCAUUGCUCAACAUGUUAAUGCGACUACAAGAGGCUGCCAGCUACUCUAGUCCCCAGGGAAACGAUGGAGAAUCUGCUGGCUCGGACGACCACAUCAGUGCGAGUUUCGAGGGAGCAAUGUAGAGGAUCUGUAACGUGGCUAGUUUUCUCUGCAUGACCAAAUCCCAGUCCAAAAACCAUGAAGGUAUAGAUUAGGGAGUGUUUCAAUGACGAAAUGAUCAACUGUCGGUAUCGUCAUCCUGGAAUACCGUACAUCAGGAGCCUUGAAUUUGACGCUAGGACAUAGAUAUCUCAUCACUCAUGCUUGCCACAUCAAAUGCAGUGCAUAUUUUUGAGAAAAGCCUGUUGUUGCUGGGUAUCAGACGUGUCGUCAUCGACAGCAGCAGCAUCCGAAAGAGAAAGACUUUUCACAGUUGUAUAUUUGUACAUGCUUUAUACCAGUCAGUACGUCCUGCGAGUACUAACCUGUAAAGUCAUGUGACAGUUGCUUUGCAACAAUGCUAGUCUAGUGAUUGCUUGUAAAUAGCACUUUUCCUGUUGUACAGUUUGCACAGAUAAUGCAUCGGGUACUUCUUUCUGUACAGAGAACAGAGACUGUCAUAUUUGCUGUCAUGUCCAUAAUCAGCAGGUAUUUUUGUCACAUAACAUUCUUAUAGCAACCAUGUGUGAUUGUGCAUUGUGUGUGGUACUUGAUUGUAAACGUAAGGUUCGAGAUGGCAGAUUCAUUCAGAUUCAUUUAUUCAUGUUUUAUUGGAGUAUCUCGCUGCUUUCUGCGAGCAUGUUAAUAAGGACUAGAAAUUAAGGUAAUUCAUUGUUUUGAGGUACAGCAGCUAAUGAUGCCAUGCUCUACACAAUUGUUACAGUACAUAUUGAGCUGUAAUGGAACGAAAGAUUUAGGUACAUUUCGUAGGUAUAUUACAGUUUUUUACUACCAUCUUCAGAUCUGUGCAUCUACCAUUGCAGCAUUUAAUGCUACUAGGGUUGCAUCUAGUAGCAGAAAGUUCUGUUUGACAAAGUUAUAGUAUUAUGUUGCUAUCAUGUUACGUUAAGUAGAUUACAAUCGCUCAUGGUUUGCUUUGGCCGGAUACUUCGGUCAAGUAUCCUAACGGCAACAAAGCCUAGAAACCAAAUUAGCUACUUGCCGCAAGGUAUUAUGAACACAUGUGUGGUUGAUCGCAGAGAAGUGCUGUAUUUGCUGCCAAAGUGUUAAGAUAAUUAUGUGAAGCUAUGUUGUAUAUUUAUUUCUAAUCAUGCUUGUAUUACAUCACGAUAAAGAAAAUCGUUAAGAAAAGUGGUGUAACAAUAAAACCCCUGUUUGUACAACUGG